AAAGUUUCCAAUCUAAUAGAUGAAUUUUCCAGGAUGAACAACUUAUAUUACUUGACGAAUAAAACACGUUUAUAUAUAAUCUGAAUCGUUGCUUUCGCACAAGUCAGUACCUUCCCAUUAGCUUUAGCAUCCACCAUGAGAACAUUUACAACUGCAAUAUGCGUUGUUGUAAGCUUCAUUGCUGUGAGCACCGCAAAAAGUCUACCCGGCGAGGGGAAUCAAAUCGAUACAUCGACAUCAUCGUCUGAGGAAUCCACGGAUCUAAAGGAAUACCUCGUACAAAUCCAAACCAUGUGCUACGAGAAGACCAACUCCAGCGAGGCCUUCGAUGCCUUGCUCGCCUCCAUGUACGGGGUUCCGGGCUGCAUUCAGGGGAUGGUUGAUCUACCGAGUUUUAUGCAAGAUUUCGGCGAUUUGAGCGCUUCCACGCGAAACGAAAUGUUCCCAAAAUAUUGUUCCCAGAUACGUAGUGCUCUCGUCUGCCUCGAUCCACCGAAAGAGGAAUUCCGCAAAUGUUUGGACGCAAACGAUGCAGUGAUAUUGGACGGCGUGGUGAACGCAAUGCCGGAAGCUAUAGAUUUGAUCUGCAGGAAUAACGGGGAAAUUCUGUACAAGGACAAUGUCAACUACCACGUUUGCAUGAGUAAGUAUUCCAGCUACGCGGCGGAAUGUGCCGGCAUGGUUUCUAAUGAGACGGACUUCAUGGAGAUCUCCAAGUUUGGUCCGUCUCAGUGUGACGAACUAACGAACGUCCGAAACUGCAUGGGCGGGAAAUUCGACGAGUGCAACGGGCCCCAAGUGAUGGAAGUGUUCGACAUUUUCUGGCGAGCGUUGAUCAAGGGUACUCCCUGCAAGGAAAUGAAUGUGUCAACAAAAACUGAAGAGGAUUAAAAGUGAGCCAACAAACUGUAAUUUUUUCGUCGACAUUUUGAAUUUUCACAAACUUACAAGAUUUCUGUAAGACUACGGUUCAUAAGGUACGGUAACGACAUUUUUAAUAAACCAUCGAGGUUCAGCUGAAUGAUUCUCAGAAAAUCGUUCACCAAAUUCGAUUCAAGAAACAAAAUGAGUGAAAGAACAUGUGCCGCACAUAUCUCUAUAGCCGUUAAAUAGAAACAAACUCAAAGCAAAAACAGCGGAUGUUCAGAGUACACAAUGUAGUAUGAUGGAAGAGAUAAUAAAUUUUAAUAGUUUAUAAACAAAA